CUCUCUCUUUCUCACACGCAGUUGUUCUCUCUCGUUUUCUUUGUCUCUUUCACUCACACACAGUCUGUCUCUCUCUGAGGAUGGCGAAGUGCUGAUAAAUGCUGUUGUUGUGCUCUGUGGCAGCUCCUGCUGUUAAUCCAAUGCUGUUUUAGCACUCUAAUGUGAAAUGAUUAGAGUAAUUGUCCUCCCAUCAUUAGAUGUAGGGACUCGUCAAACUUAAUGGAGGUUUGACAGCUGAGAAUGUGCUCCUCGGUGUGUAUGUGUGUGUGUGUGUGUGAUUUAUGGAUGGUAAAAGGAGAUAUGUGAACAGACACGAUGUGCGUGUUGUUGUCAGGUCGAUGCGGGACAGUGAUGAUGAGGAUGAUGAGGAGCGGAGAGGAAGGACCUGCACCCUGCAGUAUCAGAGAGCCAUCAUACGCAUUCUCACUCACUUCGUCGCCGAAUCCGCAGAGGUCCGAGGUCAGCUGACCUACAUGCUGGGCUCUGAUUGGCAGCUGGACAUCACAGGACUGGUGUGGGACUUCCUGAAAGUGGAGGAUCCUCGAAUCGCACGCUUACAAGAUGGCCGCCUGCUGGAGGGCGUGGGCACGGGCAUGACCAGCAUCCAGGUCCUCUCUCCGCUCUCGGACUCGAUCCUGGCCGAGAAGUCGGUGUCUGUUGUGGACGAGCGAGUCAGCAUCACUGAACUGGGCCUGCAGUUGGUCAGCGGCCUCACGCUCCGCCUACAGCUCAGCACAGGAAGUAACCAAGCCAUCAGCGCCACGGCAACCACACAGGAAGUGCUCAACAUGCCCAAACAGGAGGCGCUGAUCAGUGCUUGGCUCCAGUUUAGUGAUGGCUCCAUGGCCCCUCUGGACCUUUACGACCCGGAUCACUUCGUGCUGACGGUGAUCUCUCUGGACGAAGAGGUGGUGAGCGUGAAUCAGGACGCGACCGGGCGCUGGCCCAUAGUCACGGGUCAGGCCGAGGGUCAGGGCCCACUGCUGCGCGUCGAGAUGAGCGUCCACGAGUCAUGUCAGAAGCUCAAACCCCGCCGCAGCGUGCUCGCCGCCGGAAACUGCCACGUCCGGGUGAAAUACGGCCACACAGAGAGCGUCUCGCAACCUGAAUACGGAGAUGACGACGAGAACCACCGGCAGAAUCUGAACUUACCGGACCGGACCGGAAUGGAUGGCCAUUACUUCUACAGCUCCAUUUCCAACAUGGACGCCGAUGGAGCAAUGAGACGAAUCACCACCACGACCAAGACAGAAAUCAUCCGGAGAACCGGCGGAGAAAAACUCUCAAACGACGGCAGCCAGAUUUCCAACGUCCCUGUCGAUUUCUCCGAUUUCCCUGCCCAAGUAGACCUUCCUCGAGGACACAGCGUCUACGAUGACGACCUGCUCCAGACCAACCGAGGACUCUCGGACCUGGAAAUCGGGAUGUACGCCCUGUUAGGAGUCUUCUGCCUGGCGAUCUUGGUCUUUCUUAUUAACUGCAUUUCCUACGCGCUGAAAUAUCGCCAUAAGGAGAUGAGCAUCGAGGGUCAGGAGAGUCUGAACCACGCACAUGACUGGGUGUGGCUGGGAAAUGAGGCGGAGCUUCUGGAGAGUCACGUGAGCCUGUCGCCGCAAACAGACGAGCAGAUCACGAUCAUGGAUUCCAGCAUCGGUGCGCUGGAGGAAGGAAGCCUUCUGCUCAACGGCGGUUCGCUACAGAAGAACAGUCACGAGCGGCAGGAGCACCGAGGGGCCGAGAACAACGGCGGGAAAGACGCCAAAGGGGACUCGCCCACCACCAAGAGGAAGAGAGUCAAAUUCACCACGUUCACCACUAUUCCCGCCAGCGAGACUCUCGGAGACGAGCCGGACGAGGAAAUAAAGUGGGUGUGUCAGGAUGUGGACAUGCGAGAGUCCAAAGAGCUGCAGAACUACAUGGAGCGGCUAAACGACAGUGUUUUAAAAGACGUGGCGUAGUCGGCGACGUGACAGCACGUGUUAAACAGCAGAACUCACCCUUAUGCCUUCUUCAUAGAGCCAGGAUUCAGUCACGGAAACAUCACAAGCUCUCGGAGGACCCCGGAAAAAAAAAACAAACCCAUGGGAUGUAACAUUCGUGCGUAUGUUGAACUCUCGGAUCAACACGGCAGCUGUCAAAGGACUUGCUACCUGACGUCAUGGUACUCGUAGCGAGAGUUUUUAAAUCAACGAACACAAAACUCCAUUUAUCUUCAUUUAUUGUCCUUCAUUUUGUUCCUCUUCAUUUAUACACAAAUUUAUUUUAGCGCCUUUUCUAGAUAAAAAAAAAAAAGAGAGAGAAAAGAAAUGAAAGCGUUGCGAAGCUUGCAGAUGCUCCACACACACACACACACACACACACACACACACACCAAUGAGUGUACUAUUGAUGCAUAUUGUUUCACUGUAA